UGCUUAAGUGCUUAUUUAUCUUAUCCUCCGUCUGGACUAAGAAGUAGCAGUUGGUAGUGUCAGAACAGUGAAACUCAAAAGACAAUGUGCUCUAUUCCAACUUCUUCUUUUCUCGGAAUCAACACCACAUUUCCAAAAUUCCAACUUUGCCCUUCUCGACUUCCCUCUUCUUCUUGCUCACGUGUGGUGUGUCAUGUUGGUUCCAAUUCCAAUGUUCAACACGUUGCCAGUGACCUCAAAUUCGUCUUGCACGAUGCUCUCGAUGCUUCUGGAAUCGACACCACCCACGCCAGAGAAGCUAGGGAGAAUUUCUGCUCACAAAUUCAGAGAUUUACUGAUGUUGAGAGGGAAACCAGCAUUUGUAUCAACAGGUCUGUAGAUUUGGGAAGAACUGCUCUCUAUAUAGAUGCAGAAGAUGAUUCUCUGGUGUCACAUUCAUCAGUUCCACUUCCUGUGGAUGCUUUCGUCACAAGAUUAGAUGAUAUAUCAAUGGACUACUGUCCUCACUACAGCCCCGAAUACGAUUCAUCACCCGAGAAGUUUUUAGAGAGCAUAGAGAGAUUUCUAUAUGUUCACAAGGAGAACCAAUGCACAUCUAUUGGAGCCACGAUCACUUUAUCUCCACUCCGUAAUAAUAUCUCUGAUAUACAAGUUGUUUCUGAAGAGAAACCUGUGACUAGUAGACAUUUAAUAGAUUUAUUUUCAUGUGUUGAGCAGGUUUUGACUAAUCGUUCAGGAUCAACUGCAAUGCUGUCCCUAAUAUAUUCAGAAAUUCUGAAAAUGCUCCGUUUGUGGGGCCUUUUGUAUUUUGAUGCUGAAAUUUUCUUCCCUCAUGAUGCUCUUAGCCUUCCCAAAGGCUAUCACAAACAGAAAAGCAAGGAGUCAGACCAAGCACACAUAAUGACAUCAGGAAACCUAUUGGUUGGGAUCUUAAAUGAUCUGAAGCAUGCAUUCUGGCCUUUUCAACAUGAUCACUCCAAAAAUUUAUUCUUAAGGGCAGCAAAUGCUGCUAACUGCAUUGACAGAACAGAUUUUGUUGGAGAAAGCGGCUUGCAAAUUGCAUCAGCUAAGGCUGCUCAACAUAGGUUGGAUCGAGGUGUUUGGACCAGUGUGCGUUUUGGGGACAUGAGGCGUUCUUUGUCUGGUACGAAUAUGAUGCAGUUUAUCUCUGAACUCUCAAUAUUAUAAAGCCAAUGAAAAGAUUUUGGUUCUGCAUGGCCACCCUCUCCAUGCUGCCAUGACAAUUCUUUUACGAAUGAGAUUAAUUGAUGGAUCUAGAAUUCGAUGCACUAUGCAUGUAAACUAUAUAAGGCUAGAUACUAAAUAUGUGUUUACUUUUAUACUUUGGACUGUUUUAAGAACAAUAAGCUAGAAAUUGUUGAUAACUAGCUCUUCUUCAUUAUGUUGACUUUGUAUGAGGAACUGGUUAGACUUUUGAAUUUUGUUAGAUUCCCUGUUAUUAGGUUUAAUAGUUUACUUCUGGAUGUUCCUACAAUGGACAAGCAAAAACUUCCCUUUUAGGGCACUGUUUUGUGGUGAUAAAAAGCUGGAUAAUAAAUAUCUCUUGUUGCCUGUUUUCCUUUUACUUAUUUUUGGGGGAGGUGAGAAUGGGGACAAGACAAUAGAUAUUGGGAAGGCGUAUUAGCAAUUGGCUGGAUUUAAUUUGUACGUAAUUCAUAAUUGGUUCCUCUCCUUUUAGAUGUCAAGAAAUGCUGGAUAUUGUUUGAUUGAAUGUUCUUUCUCGAAUUUGGCUCCAUUAAAGCAAGGGGUGCACUUUAGAGGGAAAAGUGAGGAGCUAUAACCGUUUUGAUUAUCUAAUAAAUGGUGAGAUUGUAAUGAAAUACAUGCAUUUUUGUAACAAACAAUUAAGUUAUUAAAAUAUAUUCCCUUGAUUUCCCAAUCACCCGUUAUAGGCAUAGGCCACCUUUAGUGAGGGUUUAUCAGAGAAAGCCUAAGAAUAGGACAGCUGCAGAGGGUUUGAAUUGUCAAUCAUAACUGUAUUAGUGAUAACUGUAUUUUAUUUCAUGCUCUAUAAAUAGUUAGUUAGAAAAGGGGGAAGAUAUCUUAGGAGAAAUCAGAUAUUAUAAGGAGAGACUGGAACUCUCGAAAUUCCAGUAAGAGGGUGCUGUAUUGUUUCCAAUUCUCUUCUUUUAUUCAGAGAAGAUUCAAAAAACUUCUAUUCUUUGUUCGAUACCUAUCACACAGGUUAUAGCUGCACACUUUCACCUCUUAAAGUGAACCUUUCAUUUCAAGGGAGUCAAACCCUUCCUUCUUAAAGAGAUUGGUUAACCUGCUUUACAUGCAGACACCCUGCUUUUUAGCUUCAAGUUGUUCUUUAUCAUCUUUCCAUGGUUGAAACCCAUUUAUUAUCACCAAAACUAACUUUCUAGUCAUAGUCUAAUAUGAAAUAGGUAUAGUAUUGAGUAUUACAAGAUUGAGAGAGCAUAAGAAUUUAUGGUUGAAAGCCCUCUGCAUUUUUCUUCUGUCAAUUUUGUUGAUACUGAUUAACCAUAUUUGGAACUACCAACAGUUAUUACACACUUCUCUCUCAUAUUUUGAUAUGGUCCCAAAUAUUUUCCCUAUUCUUUCAGCAUGCGAACGCCUUAUCCUGCUAAAAAAUGAGGUAAAUGAGUUAAGGGAUUACAGCAUUCUUCUCUAUCAUUGUGGUUUAUAUGAGCAGUCACUGGAAUACCUGAAGAAGUACCAUGAACUAAAGGUACUAUUAUGAUCCAAUGCAAAACAAUGCAUAAAUGAUUGCUUUUCCAAGUUAACUGAAUGAGGUAUUCACCAUUCAAUUUCUGCAGAACUCAUCUACACAGGUGAUGUCAUCAUUAAACUCUCUCAGCAGCCUAGAAGAUGAUGCUGUGGAUAACCUGAUGACUCGCUUGAAUCUUAUCCUGAUGGAGCAAGGUUGGAGUCAACCAACAUAUGCCCGGAAUUUCCUUGGUAAUAACUCUGAACCAUGGUAGUUAAUCUUCCAUGUUGUUUGAGACAACAUCAAAGAAGAUUGGCAUUAAGCCCAUGUUGGAAAUCGACGCUGAUAGUUCAUGACAGCAAAUUUUAUUGUAUUUGUGGACUCCCAAGCGUGAGAUUUUGAGAUACAUGCAGCUGUAGUUCCAAUAGCAUGCAUUUUCUGCAAUCAUACAAAUGAAAAAAUAGGGUUGCAACUGCUGAAGUGGACGAGUUUGUCCAAUAAAUUGAAGAUAUUACACAUGGGUUGACUGAAAGUAACAUCAAGUAUGGAGCAUAGAAAAUUCUCUCUUACCUAUAUUCCAGUAAUUAUAUAAUUCUGUUCCUUUUACAUAUAUUUCCUCUGUAAAACUCAUGUAUAUAUAGCUAUGAAAAAUUGGAUGUAUUGUUGAAUCAGCAUUACGUCAUAUAUUCGAGGAGUAUCCCAAGCAAGAAGGGGGGGAGAGGAGGAAUACCUUCUAAGAAUCCUGUGAAAUUCAUAUAUGCAUAUUUCAGGAAUUGGACUUGACAUCGUUACUAUAUUUAAGAAAUUGACAGAAAGAAUGCGUAGUUAAUAGCAAGCUUCCAAAGUGAAGUAGAGAUUUUAGCCUCUUAUGCUAUGUAAUAUAUAUCCUAAUGGAUUAUAUUUUUCUUGGUCUUGCAUCGUAAUUAUGAGUUAAAUCGCUUAACAAUUGGAUUCAAAUUCAAUAACUACAUAUACAUGACACCAAAAAGUUUAAGACAUCAAAAUAUUUCAUAAAAAUGGUAUUGUAGAAAUAAGAAUUCAGUCUAUAAACAUGGCCCCAUGCCUAUUUAUUUCCUCCUAUGUUUUGAGUACAUAAAACCCUAGUUGCUGCAUCUCCUCCUUUGGGAAGCUUCUCCUCCCUCUCGGGAGAGUUAUCCUCUAUUUAAGGAUGUUUUUCAUCUUCUAAGUUUUCUCUUAAUAAACAAAUUGAACAGGAAUGAAUAUUGUGUAACUAUCAUCCUAGUAACCGCCCCAAUGAACCAACAAACAACAUACAAGAAUGACUAUAUCUAUCACCUGUCUCCUCCCCUUUUCCUAAAUAUACAUUUCCUAAUUACAAUGUCAGAUACCCAACCAAUGUGCAUUGUUAGCAACUUAGCUUUAUGUGCAUAUUUGAGCAAAACAUUUUCUCUUUUCUUUCUCUUGUCCCAACUUCCACCAUCACCAAUCAAGUGAUAUAAAUCGUUGAAGACUUGAAGGAAAAAUGGGAGGGAAAAUUGAUAGUGAGGACAAGAUACAAUUAUAUUUACGUUGAACUAGUUAACCGUAUUGAAUGAUUACUAAAUAGACGAACAUAAAAAUAUAUAGUGGGAAACAUAUUCCUCCAAGUGACUGUUAAGAGAGUAUGUUAACCACUGCAAGAUACUUCCUCCUGGUCUUCAUCCUUGGGUAAUCACUUCAUAAGUGGAGAGUUCAUUGUGACAUACUCAUUUAAAGAGUAUUGUACAAAAUUCAUUAUUAAAUGUUGAACAUAAGCGACUCAUAUUAGUGUAGUUAUUGGGGUAAGAUCACUUGGGGAUGGAGAGUGUUGACCAUCAACUUGCAUGUGCAUGAUUAGCAUGUCCAUAUUUAUGACCUUACUAUAUCAUGCUUGGAGCUCACUGUCUCAACUCUCAAAUGGAUCAUGAUUCCAUUCCAUUACAGUAGUAGUAAUUCACAUAAGUCCUAAUCAAGUUCUCCAAAGCAAAUCAUA